AUGCCCAAACCCAUAAAGCGCGUCGUUCAACCACCUUCAUAUCCGACUACUAGUCUCGAGUUCUUACAAAGUAUAAAAACGCACACGAAUGAAGCACUUCUUUCUGCAACUAAGAUCAAGAUCAUCGUUGUUGGCGCAGGUCUUGGCGGCCUCGCAACUUCAUGUGCUCUGGCUCGAAGGGGCCAUGAUGUGACAUGUUUCGAACAAGCCGAACGACUGGGUGAGGUCGGUGCAGGCAUUCAAAUGCCACCGAAUUCUGCUCGUCUACUACUAAAAUGGGGUCUCGGUGAAUAUCUGGACGAGAGAGUCGUCGAGCCGACAUGUAUCACAUUCCGACGUUGGCAGAAUGGAGCCGAGCUGUCUCGUACUGCACUGGUACCAGACCAUAGACAGAAAUUUGGCGCCCCUUACUAUGUGGUACAUCGAGCUCAUUUCCACGACUCGCUGCAUCAGUUGGCACUGAAGUUGGGAGCGAAAGUGAAGAUUGCUUCACGAGUCAUCGAGUACGAUCCGGAAACACCUUCGAUCACACUGGCCAACGGGGAGGUCCAUUAUGCGGAUCUCAUCGUGGCGGCGGAUGGGAUCAACUCCAUUGCACGAGAAACGGUGACUGGAGCAAGAACUGAUUCCAGAAACACGGGCUUUGCGGCAUAUCGAGCCACAAUUGACGUGGACAAGAUCAAGGCUGAUCCGGAAAUAGCUUGGAUCGUGGAAGAAGCAAAGAUCAAUCUCUGGGUUGGAGAUGGACGGCAUGUUAUGACCUACCCAAUCGCAUCAGGAGAAUCUUUCAACCUGGUCUUGUCUCAUCCUCUUUCUGGUACCGCCAAGAAACAAUCACCUUCCGAAGUCCUAGAAGAGAUGAGACUAAAUUUCGAGGGCUGGGAUUCGAGGCUCAUAAAACUGAUGUCACUCAUACACACGACAAUGAAGUGGCCAUUGUGCAACCUACCCAGUAUCUCUACCUACGUUCAUUCAGCGUCGAAGAUGAUUAUACUGGGCGAUGGCGCACAUGCUAUGCUACCAUACAUGUCACAGGGAGCAGCAAUGGCGGUCGAAGAUGGUGCAGCCCUUGCCGAGGCUUUGCAUCUGGCUUCUUCUCCGGAAGAUAUACCAGAGGCCUUGAGGAUAUGGAACGCUGUGAGAUGGCAGCGUGGUUGUCAGAUGCAAGAGGCCAGCAGUCUCAACGGCAUCUUGUGGCAUUUCAAAGAUGGUCCAGAGCAAGAGGCGCGAGAUGCAGCAAUGAGAUUGGGAUCCUUUGGUAAGGAUAUGCCAAAUGGCGACGGCAUCCCCGGUGAUACCGUCAAGCUAAAUGGUGACCCCAAUCAAUGGAACGAUCGGGAAACAUCACAGUGGUGCUUUGGAUAUGAUACUGAGGAAGCGGUUCGAAGAUAUCACAGUUUGCAAACCUUGGCGAAAUUAUGA